GUGGAUACAAAAAGAAGAAAUUAUGCUGGCUGUCAACGUGCUUCAGUGUGAUGCAGAGUAGUUUGGCAGUAUUUAUCUUAAAUCCAUCUCCCAUAGAAGAUAAAAUUGUAUGUACAGCAGCUACCAGCGGUGAUCACGUGGUGCUCUUAUCAGUAUUGCGUAGACAUGAACGACAUAAGUGAUUACACCACGGCAAAGACCUGACCACCGAGAUUAACGGAGUCAUUAUGUACCCGCAGUUCACUUCUUCUAUUAAGAGACACACCAAUACCACAGAUAGAUAGACAACCCUUUUCGGACAGCUAUCUUCCAGUAUAUCAAGAUGAGUGCUCUUAUUGUGGUUGACAUGCAAGAGGAUUUCUGUCCACCGGACGGUUCUCUCGCAGUCGAAGGAGGCCGCUCAAUCGCACCGGUAAUCAAUUCUCUUCUUGGUCUCCCUGGUUUCGUGGUUCGUAUUGCAACCCAGGAUUACCAUCCGUUGGACCACAUUUCCUUCGCCAGCAAUUAUCCCGAGCCCAACAACAAACCCUAUGAAUCCUUCAUCGAAAUGACCAACCCGGCCCCGGGAAAGCAGUCUGAGACGAAGCGACAGUUGCUAUGGCCUGUGCACUGCGUGGCGGGGUGCAAGGGCGCCUCUAUCAUAUCCGAAAUCGAUACUGACAAGAUCGACGUGUAUGUGAAGAAGGGCAUGGAUGCUCGAGUGGAAAUGUACUCUGUGUUUGGAGAUCCGUUUGGCAAUCUCGAUCCUGCUGUCACUUUCCAGUCAGUGGAUGUGGAUAUCAAAUCAGUUCUCGAGGAAAGCAAAAUCACCGAUGUCUUUAUUGUUGGCCUGGCUGGUGAUUACUGCGUCAAAGCCACCGCCAUUGAUGCGGCCAAGGCUGGAUAUCGGACUUUUGUCGUUGAGGAGGGAACUCGGUGCGUCAUACCAGGAAAAGGAUGGGAAGAGACCAAACGAGAGUUGAGCGAGGCAGGCGUGUCUGUCGUUGGGGCAGAUGGACCGGAGAUCUUAUCUCUUCCCUAA